AUGGAUAUCAAUGAUUUAAAGCAAAUCAUUAAGAGAGGUGAUUUAGUAAGCCUUAGUGUAAGUGCAGAAGGAACCCAAAAAUCUAUUGUUCAAGUGAUUGAAUUAUUUAAGCAACAGCAAUUGGAAAUCGAUCAUAUAAAAUCAGAUAUGGGUGACUUAUUACAGAAAUAUGAAUUUGAAGAGUUUAAGCAAUCAAAUUCAUUUCAAAUUGGAAAGAUUAAUCGAUCAUUACCUGCUUUUGAACAAACAUUAAAAACUGCAAUCGAUGAUAUUCAUUCAAAAAACGAAACAUUCAAGCAAGAAAUACAUGAAACUCUGCAAGCAGUUAUAUCAUCAGUUGAUGCAAAAAUUGAUUCACAUAUUGAAAUUUUACGUGAAGAAUUUAUUGAUAUGAAAGGAAAAUUCGAUGAAAUUGACAAUAAGAUGAAUGCUCUGUCACAACAACAACCAACAGAUAAGAAUUCUUUAUUAAAUGCACAAAAAGAUAAUUCAAAUAUACUCAAAAAGCUUGCUCAAUUAGAGAAGAAGCAAUAUGAUAUUGAGGCAAAAGCAAUAUAUCGCGAAGUAUUCGAAAAAGGACAAACUGAAAAUAAAAAGUCAAUCGAAGAUUUAACUUCAGCUAUAAGCGCAAUUAAAACUUCAGUAGAAAAAUGUGAGAAUUCGAUAAAGGAAAUCUCUGAAACUGCAAGUAAACCUCCAGAACCAAAAACUCAAAUGUUCAAGCAACCAAGUCAAAAGGACUCUCCAUUUGCUAAGCAAGACUUACCAAUUGAACUAAUUGUUGAAGAUGACCCUCCACCAACAAAUUCAGUUGAAGGACUUUUGGAUUCAAUUGAAAAUAUUGAAGCAAAAAUUGAAGAUGCAAACAAACUUUAUAACUCUAAGCUUGAAAGGAAAGCAGACUUAGCAAUCGUCGAACAUAUGUUCGAGAGGCUUAGAGUUUUAAUUGCAUCUAUGAAUGAUGAAGUUUCCACAAUUAAAGGCCAAAUGAAUAAAUUCUCAACAGAAGAUGAAAUAGAAGAAUGGAUAACUAAAGCAAUAGCUAAUGCUAGUCAGGAAGAUAAAACUCCUUAUGCAAAAGAUCCUAUUUCAAUGGCUGCAAAUGCAACAAAAGCAGCAAGACCUAGCACGCCUAAGAAACUUUUUAAGAUUAAGAAGCAACCUUCGGCUGCAUAA